UGCCCUGGGCACGCCACCCACCUUCUCCAUCGGCCCAUGCAAUCCAUCCCAUCCCAUCUCAUCCCAUCCCAUCCCUAAAAAGUGCCAGCCAGCCAGCCAGCCAACUCCGACCACUAACCUGAAGGCAUGGCCAAUUCCAUGGUCGUUGCUCUAGUCUGUUCCCACCUGCAGCUCUUAAUGAGCAACCUAUGCGCGGCGGGGCAGGCAUUGGCGUUCUUGUGGGCGGCGAGAGGCGAGACGCAAGGACACGCCCCUCCAAAAGUUCCCAACAGAGGCGCUUCUCUUACACCUCCAUCUCUCUCUCGCACUUCAGCAGGCAAAAAAUUUGGUUACCGCACACGCCUAGAUACGAGUACCUUGAGUAGUUGGGCUAGGUCUGUUGGACAAAGUCCCCCACAGGGCCAGGCUGGCGAUCUUGUGAUUCCCGGCCCGCCACAUUUCAGAAGCGCAAUUGUGAUGAGGGAUAGCGGGCUAAUAUCAGAACUCGGGCAAUUGGCGUUCGUAGACCCCGUCGAUCGCUUUGGGUGGUGGCGGUGGUGGUGGUAGUGGUGGCGGCCAGGCCCUUCGAUCUGAAGAAAUAAAAAAGGAGCCGGAGAGAUAACCGAUUCCGGUGUUUAGCAAAGACGACAU